GCCCCAAAUCCUGCCCAGGGACGUUGUCAAGGCAACUAGAUUAAUCUGGUAACAGCCUCAUGUGAAGGGAGGAGCUCUCCCUCGCUUUGCUUACACAGAGCUGCUUCCUCCAGAGCUUCAGCCCACUCCAGCUGCCCCAUUGCAGCCAAUGUCCUUGGGUAUUCUGGUGUCCUUACAGAAGGGAUCGAGGAGACCAACCUGCAGAUUGCUGCUGGAGCUUCUUGACCACACAUGCUCACUUCUACUCUCCUCCCUCAAAAAUUCACUUAACACAUGGUUGUGCAUGACUGCAUUUGUGUGAACAUGUUCUGGCACACAUGUACCCUGGCAUGCACACGCAUAGACAUGUAUAUGCAUCUACUUCAAUUCUACCACCACUCCCUGCUUUUCCCCAGCCCCACCCUAGACCAUGGCACAGUAAACAGGGGUGGGGCAUUGCCCAGGGCUGGUACUGCCUCACCUCUCCCACAGAGUACAACCUAGGAAUGCCUAUCCCCACACUUAACCCUGUACACACCCAAAAUCUGCCCUUCAUAAUUUACCUUAGGGGCAGAAUUUUAGUUUGGGCAUCAGGUCUCUAAUGUGUAGAAGGCUUAUGGAACCGAUUAGAGUGCAAGACUGCAGUCUCCAGACAGCCCUUUCUGCCUGAUAACUAAUGGGUGUUCCCAAUGCUGUUCCCUCAGCUGCUGUUGCCAGCUACAAACAGGUAACUCUUGAAUGCUCACUGAUAUUCAGGGUCUCAGCUCCUGUUGCCAGUUGGGCCCAGGUGCCUUUGAGCUGUUGGUCUCUUCCACCUGGCUGCUGCUGCUCCUUAGCCAGCCUGACCUGCCAAAACUUGUUCAUCUGCUCGUACCUGCCCUAGAGAGGGCAACCAGGCACCACCUUAUUGUGUCCUGUCAGGCUUCUGAGAGCAAGCAGGCACCACCCCACUGUACCCUGCCCUGCUGCUGGACAGCACCAGCACAGCCAAGAGAUUAUUGCACAGAGAUCUCAGUCAGGAGGGUGUGGAGUGGUGAUAGAACCUGCCCAUGCCAGUUUUCCUAAGCUGCAUACUCUUGGAAGUAGAAAAUAGGGACGGAGACGACAACAUCCAGUCAGUUAUCUGCCCUGGACGGAUAGAGCUAGAGGAAAGUUGGGUAGAUGUCUAUACCACAGAUCACCCUUGAAUGAAGUCUGACUACACUCAGGGGUCUAGGUUGGGAAAGAGACAAAUGUUGGCCUCUGUAGUGUACCAUGCCGCCCCCACCCCAUUUAUUUCUGAACGGCAUUUCUUGUCCGCAUUGACCUCACUUCAGUCCCAGAUCUCUCCCAGGGGUCACAUCUUGGCCCAGCGCAGCCAGUGGGCGGGUCCAAGGAUGGGGGCCGAACCUGGGAGGGAACAGGGGUGGGUCUCGGCCCGAAGGGGCGUGGUCUCAGCUCUGCCACCUUCCCGGGGGCCGGGAGCGCAGCCGUCGCCGCCUCCUGUUCGGUGUCCUCGGCUCUUGCUGUACGCCUGCCGCCUCAGCUGCAACCUCCGGGCCCCGGGGCCCAUGAGCUAAGGGGCACCGGAUCUACACCCGGGCCACCCGCCUGGGCCCGGCACCGUUUGAAGAGGCAUGGGGGGCUGCUGAGAGCCUGUCUCUUCCUGCUGGCAUCUCCUGGGGGCACUGGACAUUGGACUCCAGCCAGCUGCCAACCAGCCACGGGUACUACUGCUCCCUGGUCUCGGCGCCUGACACAACCCUUCGAUCUGCCCUAUUUCGGUUCUAAGCAUCCCUGCGCUACCCCCCGCCCGCGGCCCGGACACCUGGGUCCUCCCGGCGGUCCCGGCGGGGGCGGGGGGGUUGGGGUAUGAAGCCGCUGGAAAAAUUUUUGAAGAAGCAGACGUCGCAGCUGGCUGGGCGGGCUGUAGGAACAGGACCCGGAGGGGGCACUGGGGGGUGUGGCGGGCCUGGGGGCGGAGGGGGAGGAGGGCCUGCGGGAGGUAGUGGCCCAGUGGGGGGACCCCGACAGCUGCAGAGACGCCAAAGUGUAUCUCGCUUGCUGCUCCCUUCUUUUCUCCGGGAACCCCCGGCCGAACCCGGGCUGGAGCCGCCUACGGAGGAGGAAGAGGGAGAGGCUGGCAGGACCGCUGGGGAGCCAGUUGGAGGGGGACCCUGCUGGUUGCAGCUGGAUGAAGCACCGGGGCCCGGCCCACUUGGAGUAGGGGGGCCUCUUCGCUCCCCUUCUUCCUACUCAUCGGAUGAACUGUCCCCAGGAGAGCCCCUCACUCCACCUCCCUGUCUCCCUCUGGGGGCCCUCGACCAGCCUGAGCAUCUACUGAACCGAAUCCUAGAGCGGCUGGCUGGAGGGGCUCCCAGGGACAGUGGGACCUCAGACAUUCUGCUGGAUGAUUUUGUCCUCACUCACUCGCUCUUCCUCCCUACUGAGCGCUUCCUGCAGGAGCUCUACCAGUACUUUGUUCAGUCAGAUGGUACUGAGGGAGCUGAGGGGCUAGGCCGGAAACAGGCAUGCUUAGCUGUGCUCCUCCACUUUCUGGAAACAUACCAAGGAUUACUCCAGGAGGAAGAGGGCGCUGGUCGAAUCAUUAAGGAUCUAUAUCUGCUGAUCAUGAAAGAUGAGUCUCUCUACCAGGAUCUCCGAGAGGACACCCUAAGACUACACCAGCUGGUGGAGACAGUAGAACUUAAGAUUCCAGAAGAGAGUCAACCACCCAGCAAGCAAGUGAAGCCACUCUUUCGUCACUUCCGCCGAAUAGACUCCUGUCUUCAAACUCGGGUGGCUUUUCGGGGCUCAGAUGAGAUCUUCUGCAGGGUCUACAUGCCUGACCACUCAUAUGUGACAAUCCGAAGCCGCCUAUCAGCGUCAGUGCAAGACAUCCUGGGUUCAGUGUCAGAGAAGCUGCAGUACUCAGAGGAGUCAGCCGGGCGUGAGGACCCCCUCAUCCUUGUGGCUGUGGCAUCCUCAGGAGAGAAAGUCCUGCUACAGCCCAGUGAAGAUUGUGUCUUUACCACCCUGGGCAUCAAUAGCCACUUGUUCGCCUGUACCCGGGACUGCUAUGAAGCACUGGUGCCCCUCCCUGAGGAGAUCCAGGUGUCCCCUGGGGACACAGAGAUUCACCGAGUGGAGCCUGAGGAUAUUGCUAAUCACCUCACUGCCUUCCACUGGGAGCUGUUCAGAUGCGUGCAUGAGCUGGAGUUCGUGGACUACGUGUUCCAUGGGGAGAGGGGCCGGCGAGAGACAGCCAACCUGGAGCUUUUGCUUCAGCGGUGCAGUGAGGUCACCCACUGGGUGGCCACAGAGGUUCUGCUCUGUGAACCCCUCGGGAAGCGAGCGCAGCUGCUCAAGAAGUUCAUCAAGAUUGCAGCCGUCUGUAAGCAGAAUCAGGACCUGUUGUCUUUCUACGCUGUGAUUAUGGGGCUGGAUAAUGCCGCUGUCAGCCGCCUUCGGCUCACCUGGGAGAAACUUCCUGGGAAAUUCAAGAACUUGUUCCGAAAAUUUGAGAAUUUGACAGACCCCUGCAGGAACCACAAAAGUUACAGAGAGGUUGUAUCUAAGAUGAAGCCACCAGUGAUUCCCUUCGUGCCUCUGAUCCUCAAAGAUUUGACAUUCCUGCAUGAAGGCAGCAAGACUCUUCUGGAUGGAUUAGUCAACAUCGAGAAGCUGCAUUCAGUGGCAGAAAAAGUGAGAACAAUCCGUAAAUACAGGAGUCGGCCCCUCUGCCUGGAGAUGGAAGCAUCGCCUCACCACCUGCAGACAAAGGCCUAUGUGCGCCAGUUCCAGGUCAUUGACAACCAGAAUCUGCUCUUUGAGCUCUCCUACAAGUUGGAGGCCAAUAGUCAGUGAGGGUGGUAGUGGUGUUGGGGGUACCAGUCCAGGUACUUCUCCAGGAGCUCCUGGUACCCACACCUGGCACUCAAGCACUUUGCACGUGGGUCCCUCUCCUCUUCCCAUCUCCUCCUUGCUCUGACAGAUCUCCUUCCUCCUUGAGGGUUGGUUAGAAAUCAGCUUUGUUGCACUGAGAUCUUAUGCCUGUCCCUUCCAGGCUACCUGAAUUUUGAUUUUCCAGACUCUUCCUCCCCUUCUGCCUCUGUUCUUGGCCAAAAUUUCACCCUCCCAUCUCACCCCCUGCCCCAAGACAGUGAAAAGAGGUGGUAGUUUUCUCUUCUGUCCCCUUCCUGUAGCAGGGUCAGUCUGGGGAUGGAAUUUCCAGCCCCCACCUCCUCAGGUAGGAAGGAAUACUGCAGGGUAGGGUAGAAAAGGAAUUGUGGAGGGAAAACCAGCAGCCUCCAUAUUUGCCAUACCUCUUAGCUUCUUCUCUUGUGGUCUUGGGAGCCCUCUUUGCUGUGAACGGAGAGGGACUCCCCUUCCAAAACUUUAUCUUACCCCUUUGUACAGCUCUCCCUUUCCCAGAGUUAGUUGGGGGAGUUGUUGUGAGAAAGGAAGGGGAUCUCCAGCUAGCAAAAUGGGGGUGCAUUGUACAAAGAGAUCUCUGCUGUUUGGUGCUACCCUUGUCUGCCUCGGCCCUGGAAGGGGCCUGGGUGUUUUCUUCAUUCUCUCUUCCCCACCAACCCCUUCCCUGUUUCUACUCCUACUCCGCUCCCCAGGUGCUGCCCUACAUGCCCAGGCUUGUGGGUGAAGCUCUCCCUGGGGGCAGGGAGCAGCAGCAGGUGGGAGGUGUACCCAUGGGCCCCUGUGCAAUUCCCUCUGUCCUUUCCUCUCCCCCAUUUCCAAAAUAUCCCUGGGUGGGGGUGAGAGGGCAGCAGAUGCUCAGGGAAACAUAGACUUAAGCUGCCUAGUGUACUCAUCCCUCUUCUCCUGGGAGGUAUAGAAGAGGGAAAUGAGGCACAGAGUCAGGAGUUAAGGGUCCUUGCUGACAAAUGCCACCUUUAUCCUAUUUUAUUUGCUUUGGGGUAUCUAGUCACUGAAAUGGGAAUAGAAGAUGGGAAGGUGGAUAUCUGUGCCUCUCCCUCUGUUUCUAUUCUUUCCUUUCUCCCAGUCAGGGUUAGGGUGGAUCUGGCUUCUCAUUCCUUGGGCAGGGGAUCCUCUUCCCCCAAGAAGAGGAGGCUCUAAAGGCAGAGGAUGGAACUUGUGUGGCAAUGCCUUUGCUACCUCUCUCUCUGUCUCUCCCACCAUGGGCCUCCCAGGUUGGGAGUCGAGGGGGUGUAGGUACAGAGGCCCCUGGCAGCUACUGGGCAUGGUUUCUUGGCACUACCCUGCCCUCCUAUCUGGCUCCUCCUCUCCCUUUUUGUGGCAGCUGUUGCUGCUUCUUUUCCUUUGAGAAUGUAUAUAUUUUUUACUAAAUGCUCUUUAAUUGUAAAUUUAUUUUUUAAAACAAAAGAGGGAAAGAGCCUUGUAUAAUAUGUAAUGCUGUAUCAUACGUAACACUGUACAGUCCCUUUUAUAUGGCCCAUCUGUCUUGUUCUUGCUACAAAAUGUCCCUACACCCACACGCAGACACUACCAUACACUCCCAAUGUACACAUUCCCUGUUCCCAACUCAUCUCCCUAUCCCAUCCCCCAUCUGUGCAAUUUCCUUCUUAAUCCCCCUUAUCUUCUCUCCCCAGUGCCACUCAAAAAAAAAAUCAUAUAGCUUUUUUGCCAUGCUCACACCUCCUAACUCUCCCUAACUCUCUCUUACCUGUUGUAGUAUCCUCCUGCCCUUCCCUGCUCUUAGGUACACUUAUACAAGUGUGUUUGAGCGUUUUAACACACUUCUAAAUGAAUUCACUUUUGGUCACAUUGGCUUUCCUCCAAUCUCCUCACCCCCCCCCACUUCCUUAUUCUCACCCAUGUAUCCACUGCCUCGAACUGCCUGCCUCUAUUUCCACCUACCAAACCCAACCCCCCCCCCACGACAACUUUAACAGAAUGAAUGGUGUGGACUGUGUAGUUUUGGUUGUUGGGCAGAAAAAGGCCAAUAAAGUCUCUGAACUAA